GCGCAGCUCGCAGGCUGGGGGUUGGCGCUGAAUCUGUGGGUAUUGCAGUGUCAGUGCUCGGGGCUGCUCCGUAUGUCUGUCCAGAUUAUGGACAGCGUUUUUAUUCAGCACAGCGUCAAGGUCCUCCAGGCUCUGAACAAACAGAGAGAAGAAGGCAGAUACUGCGACGCCACGCUGGUUGUUGGCGAUGUUAACUUUAAAGCCCACUGGAGCAUCUUGGCCUGCGGUAGCCCCUUUUUCCAGAGUCUUUACGGAGACGGCACAUCGACGAACAUCAUUCUUCAUGAAAGCUUCUCGGAAGUGAUCGGGCUCGUGCUGGACUUUCUGUACACCGGGGAACUCGCCCUGUCGCAGCAUAACGUUCAGAAAGUGCUUUUUGCUUCUAAAGAACUGGGGGUUUUUGAGGCUGUCGAAGUCUGCGAGAGGUUUCAGCCCAAAUGUUUUGACUCCGGGGAUCCAAGCGAACGAUAUCUCCAACCGUCCGGCGCCAAUGAAUCUUUGAAUGGACAUCUGAAACAGGCAGAGGAGUCGGAGGGAGAAGAGGCAUUGAAAGGGAUUUCGGAACUGAGCAGCGUUCCUGCUGUAGACGCUCCUUCUGGAGAAGACCUCGGACGAGACAGAAGCCUCUGCUUGCUUCAGGGGGCAGAGGAAAACUUAUCUUCUCAGACGACCAUCAUUAAAAAUCUAGAUUAUACAGAAGACGGGCAUGAACGGGAAUUCAAGAGGCAAAGGAGAGGGCAAAAGAGCGAACAUAGCCUUGGCUGCGAUGGAGAUUACAUCACGUGGGAGUUGGAAGUUGACCACAUCCACGAUGUUAUAGCGGAGGAAGAUGGAUACAUUGAUGGCGAUCUUGAUGAGGAUUAUGUCCCUGAGAAGAGGGCCCAGAACCCCAAGCGUAGGUUGUGUCCGGCCAAGAAGAGCGGCCUUUCAGAAAUCACCACCGAAGAUAAGAUGCUUGACGGUGAAAAUCUUAAGAACAGGAGAAACGCCGCCAUGCCAGCUGAAUGCCCCACCUGUCAUAAAACAUUUCUCAGCAAGUAUUACCUAAAGGUGCAUAACAGGAAGCAUACAGGAGAGAAACCCUUUGAAUGCUCCAAAUGCGGCAAGAGCUAUUUCAGGAAGGAAAAUCUUAUGGAACACGAGGCGAGGAACUGCAUGAACAGAACGGAGCAGGCAUUUUCUUGUACGCUGUGUCAUGAGGUUUUCAAAAGGAGAAUGGAAUUAAGAGUCCACAUGGUUUCCCACACCGGGGAUAUGCCUUACAAAUGUAAUACCUGCACCCAACAGUUCAUGCAGAAGAAGCACCUACAGAGUCACAUGAUCAAGUUACACGGAGCCCCAAAGCCGCACGCUUGCUCUACUUGUGGGAAAUGUUUCUUUACGCGCACUGAACUCCGUUUGCACGAAGCGUUUAAGCACCGCGGGGAGAAGCUGUUUGUGUGUGAGGAGUGCGGGCACCGGGCUUCGAGCCGCAGCGGGCUACAGAUGCAUAUCAAAGCCAAGCACAGAAAUGAGCGUCCUUACGUUUGUGAAUUCUGCCAUCACGCUUUCACCCAGAAAACCAAUCUGAAUAUGCACCUGAAGACCCACACUGGAGAGAAACCCUUUCAGUGCCACCUCUGCGGGAAGACGUUCAGAACACAAGCGAGCCUGCACAAGCACAACCGGACACAUACCGGGGAACGGCCUUUCAGCUGCGAGUUUUGCGACCAGAAGUUUACAGACAAAACUCCUCUUUUAAGGCACGUUGCCAGCCGACACCAGGAAGGACGACCGCAUUUUUGUCAAAUAUGUGGCAAAACCUUUAAAGCUAUAGAACAAUUGCGUGUUCAUGUGGCGAGGCACAAAGGAGUCCGCAAGUUUGAAUGUACCGAGUGUGGUUACAAGUUCACCCGCCAGGCGCACCUGAGACGCCAUAUGGAAAUCCACAACCGCAUCGAAAACUACAAUCCGCGCCAGAGGAAACUUCGUAAUUUAAUUGUUGAAGAUGAAAAGACUGCGGUGGUUGGUUUGCAGAACCCUGGUGACAUAGUCGACUUACAGAGUCCUUCUGUGGUGGUGGGCUUGCAGAAUCCACCAGCUGUGGUCACUUUGCCAAACCCGUCAGUGGUGGUCGGUUUACAGAGCCCACAUGAACUGGAAGUUGGCCACGGCGAGGUCAUAGUCGAGUCCAUUAACUCCAACGCCCUCCCCGAAGAGGUCACGGAGCAAAGAAUAUGCACAGGAGAUGCCUUCUCCCCUGAUGUCAUAGAGCAGUCCAUCUUCAUCACAGCAACAACAAUUCCUGAUGAGGAUUGUGAAACAUGAUGACCUCUUUUGCUCCACAUUACAUUAAAAAUAAGAUUUUAUUUAUUAA